GCGUAGUGAACCGAUGCCAGGAGGCCCGAUGUGCCCAUAUGGGGCUCGAUCCUAAGCGGGUCUCGCACUCAUGGCGAUAUCGAGAUGUGUGAGUCCUCAAUCAAGAACCUAAUCGAACUCGACCCUAAAAACAACUCAGCCUAUGUUCUCCUCUCGAACGUCUACGCAAAGCUAGGACGAUGGGAAGAUGUUCGAGCGGUGAGAAAACUUAUGGAAGAGAUGGGCGUCAAGAAAACCCCUGGUUGUAGCAUCGUUGAGCUCGAUGGGCAGCUGCAUGAAUUCUUCGUCGGCGAUGAGGCUCAUCCAGAGAGAAGAGAGAUAUAUCGGAUGCUGGAUGAGAUCAUGGAGAGGUUGAAAUCGGUUGGAUAUGUUGUGAAGACUGAGGAGGUGUUGUUGGAUUUGGAUGAAGAGGGGAAAGAAAUGGCUUUGGCUGUUCACAGUGAGAAGAUUGCAGUUGCUUUUAGCUUCGUUAAGACAAAGCCAGGGACUACCGUGAGGAUCAUUAAGAAUCUGAGGAUAUGUGGGGAUUGUCAUGAAGCCAUGAAUUUAAUUUCUAAGGUUUAUGGGAGGGAAAUUGUCGUCAGAGAUUGUAGCAGGUUUCAUCAUUUUCGUGAUGGGGUUUGCUCUUGUAAUGGUUUUUGGUGAUUUAGUUAGUAAUUAUUAGCAUGAGAUUUAUUUGUGUAAAGUUUUGUUUGUCUUUA